AUGGCUGCUCCACUAUCUCCCCACCCUGUCUAUCAUGACCCUAUCCCAACAUCGCGCCGCAACUCAAGUCGCAAGACCAUUGCUUGCCUCUCACGCACUGCCUCCAAUGUGGAAACUGCUCGCACCGUCUGCCCCAAGGACGGUGAUGCAUUCAGCUACGACCCUAUUCACUUACGCCAUUGGAACUGCCCUCAGCAACUCUGGGACUGUCUUCCCAAGCAAGUCCAGUCUAGCCUAACUGAUGUUCAGCGUGCAGGCGCCGCUGUUCUGACUGGCUUCGCGCGUCUUGACCAGCACUUCGACAGCUUCGAAGUCGACCCCAAGGCUGCUGGAGACGAGCUUCUGGUUCACCUCGACGAACUCCCUCCUCCCAAAUUCCGCACAAUCAGCAACGCUAGCAGUGUAUUCCAAUCUGACUCGUCCUCGCCUCUCACUACUGCAUCAACAGCCUCUCAGUCAGGAAGUGCCUCACCUACGACUCCGGCUUUCUCUGGCGUAUCUGGAUCUCAAAUCAUGUGCCCUGGUUCACCCAUUUGCCUAGGGCCCCCAGAGCUCUCUCGCUCACGUGAGCGCUCCUUCUCUACGCCGCUGAGGUCGCACGACGCCAAGUAUGCUGCUGAGCUGUCGCACCUGCGAACUGAGGCCCUUCCCCGUCUACGUCACAAGUCUUACAAGGUCGAUACAGAGUGGCAGGAGGCUAAGCGUGCUAAGGGUGCCCUCUCCUCCGACGACAUCAAUGCUUUCGAGAACUUCUGGGCCGAGAAGAAGUUGCUGAUCCUUAGUCUCAACGAACGCGGCAAGCGCCUUGCAAGCGCCGCCGGUCUUGCCACCACCGGACUCGGCUGGUGCGCCCCAUAG